AAGCAUUGCGUCAGUGUUUGCAGAGCUCACUGCGGAUACUUCCAGCUGCUGCACUUAUUCCGCUUCGCACUCGGCUUUGUUGGUCACUGGUCUUUGUUGCGAACUAUUUCAUCUGCGGGAAACUACCGACAAUCCAUCACACCUGAAGAUCUACAGUACUGAAUAUCAUCAUUCUAGGACACACAAUGCCAGAGCAGCUGAUUUCCAGCCUUUCAUCUGAAGACUCGAGUCUCUCAUCCACACCAACAUCUGAUGAAUCCUCCAAACGCUUGUCCUGGAGCAGACUGAUGCAGAAACUGCAAAGCAGCCAAAGCCUGGACUCCGAUUCAGACAAUCACAGCAGCACAGACGACGCAUCAGAUGCAGGUUCCAUAUCCCAAGCUGAUCUUUCCGAAUCAGACUUGUUUUUUGACCCGACCGAAGAGGCCUUGUGCAAGGAAGUGGUGCAGCUCAUCGCACUUAACCUGACCGAUGCCAAAGACGGCGUCCUGCACUGCUCCAAGCUCCUCAUUCCCGAGACGCUCCUGGAGCACAUCGGUCAGGAGCUCGUGCAUCUGUCGGUCAGCGAGCCCUGUGGCCUUCGUGGUGCCCUCGUUGACCUCUGUGUGGAGCAGGAUGCCAGCUGCGAAGCCGUGGGACAAAUCGCAGUCGACCCCUACCUAGUGCCCACCUUCCAGCUCACACUCGUGCUGAGGCUCGACUCCAGGGGCUUCUGGCCGAAAAUCCAGGGGCUCUUCACCGGCAGAUCGCCUUCGUCUCCGGUUGUUAGACGUGCACUUAAACUGAGCACCGGAUUUAGAGUUAUUAAAAGAAAACUGUACAGCUCUGAAGAGCUUUUGAUUGAAGAAUGCUGAGACUGAUGUGCCAUGAACUUUUACUAGGUUUUUAAAUGAAGCUGUUUGGUCUCACGAGAGACUUCUUCAGCUCGCAGGGCAUUUGUAAUGCAGAUGUAGGGUAUAUAUAAAGACUUUGACACGGUUUAGUCCGUUUAUGUUGCACUUUUGCUGACGUUUUAGUGAAGCAAGAGUUUUCUGGCUGCUGUUGAAAUGUUUACCUCAGGUUCAUGGAAACCAAUGUGGCAGCUAUUUUCCAUGUAACACACUUGAUGUUUUUCCGUUAUUCAAGUGCACGAUUGAUAUUGUUCCCUUAGAUCAAAUGGAAGAGGGUUUUUUUUUUUUUUUUUUUAUUAAACCAUAUGCAUAUUCCAUGCAUCUUAUUUAUUUGAUAUUCAAAUUUUUUUUGUAUUUGAAAGUGCAGAAAAUAAAUUAUCUUUUUAAAGAAA